GCAGCUUCCUUUGUGUUCUAUCUUAAUUUCUAGAAAACCCUCCGCGUUUCUGUCGUCGUAACGCAAAAUUAUAUAUAAAAAUAAUAUAUACAUCGAUAGCCAGCACCUAUUGUGCAUAUACCCCCACUCCAAGGGUUACGCAACCAGCUUCACGAUCGAAGAAAAGCGAGAGAAACACAGGACGACAGCUAACAGUCACAGAGUGAAUUUCAAAGCGAUAAGACGUAAUAAAGUCGAAUCUAAUCCCAAAGUUUUUUGAACUACGAAUAACAAUGCCACGACGAGGAAGAGCAUCUGCUCCACCACCAAGAACUGUAAGGCCUGCAGCAAGGGCUGCCCCAGCACCAAGGGCUGCACCCGCAGCUCAGCCGCCUGCCCAUGCCGCACCACCGCCAUCAGCCCCAAUGGUUGCUCAACCACAGGGGCCGUCUCUCAUGGGACAAAUGGCAGCUACGGCAGGAGGAGUAGCUAUUGGAUCUGCGGUUGGACACACCAUUGGACACGCCAUGACCGGCCUCUUCAGCGGUGGGUCCAGCGAGCCUGCACAGGCCGCAGCUCCUGUUGCUGCAGCCCCGGCUCAACCGUUGUACCCCGGCGCCGCUUCUCAACCCGCGGGCACUUGUGCCUGGGAAAUCAAGCAGUUCCUUGAGUGUGCUCAAAAUCAAAGCGACCUUACACUCUGCGAGGGAUUCAAGGAGGCAAUGAGUCAGUGCAAGCUCGCAAACAAUAUCUAAACUGAAUUGAGAGACGAAGAUGAAAUUAGCAGCGCCGUAUUCCAAUUAAAGAGGAUAAUUUUUUUUUUAUAGUGACCCCUUCAUGAGCUUUUUGUUUUACUAAAAUUCUCAAUACGAGAAUAUAUUUCGAUGUCGAUCAUCAUCAUAAAAUUCUAGAUCUAUGCUGUAUACUACUGAAGCAAACAGAAAUAAUAAAGACUAGAUGUUACAACCUGGAAA